AUGUGCGAACAGAAGACCGGAACAUCCUGCGCCGCAAUCGGCAGCACCUCUUGGCAACGAGCGAGCCUUUUGAGGACACCUCCGACGAAGAAGAUUACGUCGAAGAGCAGCCGAAAUGCGCAGUGGUGGCUUCCGCGGCUGUCGUACCGGCGCGAGUUGUUCGUGCUCUCGGACCGGGGCCUGGUCGCGCUCGACUGGGUCAACGAGGACCAGCCGGGUCCCGUGGUGCUUCUGGCCGGCGGCGGCUUCACGGACAGCCAGAGCCGGCCUUGGCGUGCGCUUGUGCCCGCGCUCACCGCGCUCGGCUUCCCCUGCGUGGUGGUGAACGGCCGCGGUUGCGGUGGCGUCCCCCUCACCACGCACCGUAUCACCUAUGCGGCCAGCGUCAGCGACUUCGCGGAGGUGGUGGCCGAGGUGCGCAAGCGCUACCCGGAGGAGUGCCUGCUGGGCGUGGGCGUGUCCCUCGGAGGCCUGCAGCUCGCUCUGUACCUGUGCCAGUGGGGUCCCCGCGCGCAGCUGGACGCGGCGGUGGCCGUGUCGCCUCCUUUCCAGAUGGGGCUGGCCAGCCGCAAUCAGCGUAAAUGGGGGACCAACAUACUGCUCAACAUCUGGAUCACCCGGCGCUUCGUGGGUUGCCUGCGCGAAAACCAGGAGGUGGUGCGCUCGGCCAAUGUAAUCCGUGCCGACAAUGUGUUCAAUUGCUGGACGCUGGCCUCAUUCAACAAGCACUAUGCGGCUCCCGUAUUCGGCUUCGCUUCUGUAGAGGACUUUUACGAGAACUGUAGCCUCAAGGAACAUCUCGAGCGCAGUUCAAGGCCGGCUGCAAGGUGGAGACGCUCCGGGCGUGUGGUGACGACUUCGUGCCUUACGCGCAGAAAACGCACCUGGAGUCUUCUGGGGCGCUGUUUACGAAGGCAUGUCCUGUAUGACAAAGCGAUCGGAUGCAUGAACUCCGUCGGUGCAAAACUCAACUCCUGCUGGAGAACUUUUCGAGGACAUAUGCAGAAGGCUGUGGUCAAGGCACCCAUCACUGGAGUUCUCCCCCACACCUGCUGCGCGUACCAUGAUCUGGUGAGCUGCGCCGACCAGUCGUUGACACCGUGUGAGAGCACCGGCGGAAAAGAACUCUCUGUCGGCGUGCUCGAGCGCGCGUUUGGAGACGCCGUGAACUUGGUGUGCGGGGAACACACGAAAGGAUCCGAAGCGUGCAAGGCGCUGCCCAAACUGCCUGCGCUCGGUGCCAGCGACCGCAAGAUCGACAACUACAUUGAGCUUCUUGCCGAAGCUGCCGUCACGUUUGGCCGCAAGAAUUAGAUGGUAGUUCGUUACGCAUCUAGCUGCUGCUUCGAUGUUUCCUCUUUGCAGAAAACAUGUUGUGGCGCACGCGAGCUUUACAAAGCAAAUACGAGUGCA